AUGGAGUCUCAGGUGCGCCAGAACUUCCACCGGGAGUGUGAGGCUGCUAUCAACUGUGUUGUGAAUUUGGAGCUGCGUGCUAGCUAUGUCUUCAUGUCUAUGUCUUGCUACUUUGACCGUGAUGAUGUGGCCCUGAGGCAUAUGGCUCAGUUCCUCAUGGAGCAGUCCCAUGAGCACAGGGAGCAUGCAGAGAAGUUCCUGCAAUACCAGAACAAGCGAGGGGGACGCAUUGUCCUGCAGGACCUAGAGAAGCCAGAGCAGGAUGAGUGGGGAAACAGCCUGGAGGUCUUGCAGCAUGCUCUGCAGCUGGAGAAGACCUUGAACCAGGCCCUGCUGGAUCUGCAUAAAGUGGCUACAGAGCAGAAUGAUCCUCAUUUUUGUGACUUCCUGGAGACUGACUACCUGGAAGAGCAGGUGAAGGCCAUCAAGCAGCUGGGAGACCAUGUCACCAACCUGAAGCGCCUGGGAGUACCCCAGAAUGGCAUGGGAGAGUACCUGUUUGACAAGCUCACCCUGGAGCACAGCAGCUGA